AUGUUUCAGGACCAGGCGAGAAUCGAAAUAUUCAAAACUCAGAGGUUGAUCCUUGAGACGAAGCUCAAGAAAGGAGAACUAGUCAGUGCACAUGUUUUUAAGAUGAUCGGAUUUUUUGAGAAUAUGAGGGCUCUAGAUCCUGAUAUCUCUAAUGAGAUGUCCAUUGACAUCAUUCUCAAUUCACAUUAUAGUGGAUAUGAUCAGUUCAAGUUGAAUUACAACAUGAAUAGUAUGGAGAAACCUCUUAUUGAGCCUCAUGGUAUGCUGAAGACCGUUGAAAAGACGUUCAAGAAAGAGAACAAGCAAGACAUGCGUAUGCUAGCGCAAGAAAAUCAUAGCGCUCCUGAUCAGAGCGUUAUAAUAUUCGGGUGUUGCUGGUUGCAUUUUAGUAAACUUCUAUCUCUUCGGAUAUUUAUCUUAUUCCGACCUGUUACACUAUAA